GUUCUGUCGUAACGAAGAAUCAUUAUCUCAUUCCUGAUCCUAUCAAGAUUCACUUAAAUAGCUUAAAUAACCCCUAGCAUCAUAGUUUCUAUAGAUCUACAGCUUUAUAAAAACCCCUGAUAUCAUUGUGCAUACGAAUACUACCUUCUGAUACCACUUCAACCAAAAGAAAAAACCACGACCCCAAAAAGCAACAAUGAUGAUCUUAACCAGAACCCGACAUUACACCCACCGACUAAAGCUUCUCGCAACGACAACCCCUCAAACAACGCCCAUCCGCACAGUACGCAUUGCCGCCUCAGCAACAGCCCAAGACCACCAUGCCUCAACAAACGCCACGCCCAUCGAGGACAUCCCCUCAUUCCGCACCACUACACCACCAGCCCUCGAACCCCAAGUCGAAACUUCCAUCUCGCGUCUGCCCCUGGUGCAGUCCCUCCGCCGGGAUCCCAGCUACAAAGAGUCCCGCCCUCACCUUUCCAUGAACCCCUCUCUACGACCCACCCAUUUCGUUGGGGGCUCACUGGCCGGCCCGGAGAAGAUUACCGUGCCCCCGUACAUGUGGACGGCGACUGAGAAGCUGAAGGACAGCAGCCGGUGGGCGGGGCGUGUGAUCUCUGUGUUUCACAUUGGGAAGCAAUUGUGCGGGCACCCGGGAUUCGUGCAUGGGGGCUUGCUGUCCGUUAUGUUUGACGAGGCAUUUGCGCGGUGCGUGUCGGCGUCGUUUCCCAGUGGCUUGGGUAUGACGGCGAACCUGAAUGUGGAUUUUCGGAAGCCGGCAGUCCCGGAUCGGUUGUAUGUGCUGCGGGCCGAUACGGUUAAUGUUGAGGGGAGGAAGGCUUGGGUGGAGGGAAGCUUGAGCUCGUUGCCACCUGCUGGAGAGGAGAGUGAUGCCGUUCUGGUGGCCGAAGCUAGGGCUUUGUUUGUUGAACCUAAGUUUGCAGAGUCUAUGGUCCCUCUGUAUCGCGAUUAAUUGAGGCGUGACAGCCGAGAGCGCGAUGUAAUCUAAAUACCCUUCAACAAAAUAUUUUCACGCAUAAUCAUAUAAUACCUCAUAUAGACUAUAGACACAAGAUAGAACGGCGAACUGAUAGACUGGGCAACAAUUUUGCGCUGAAAAUCUCCAUUUUCUAUCUAGAAUAAAAUGACGAACCCCAUGACUCCAUCCCAAAGUCCGGGAAUCAAUACCCUGCGACUAAGUAAAUAAUGGACUUUGAAUGCAGAAAGCCGGCCGAUGUAAACAGAUUCGAUUCAUUCAUGCCAUCAUUAUAACCUCCCUUAAUCACCAUGUAAGGGUAUUGCGCUAGAUACUGUACCAAUGAACCAAAUGUACCCAUUUUUUGGUUUCUCUUUCCUAUUUUUGUAUUGUUUCCGCUAUAAGCGAUGGAAGGCAAUUCUCUGACCAUCUGUAACUUGAUCGCAAGCUGCAGGGAA